AUGGCUUAUAGCAAAGUCUCGCCUUCCUACCAUAUCGAGACCGGCACUUCAGCUUUGAGCAGAUUUGGUUCGAUUGCGGGCCUCAUGGUUUGCUUUUCCCGCAGCGUGUGGUUCAGAGUAGUUUCGCAGGGCCUUGCCUUGCGCCAUCUUGCGCCCCUCGUUUCAAGUGCACAAGUUACUUCAAAUUUAUCAGCCAUGGCAUCCAUUCGGAUGAGGACGCCGUCGCCCUCACCUAUGGUGUCCAGAUCUGGCCAUGUGUCUAGGGUGGUCAGUCCUGCGCGUUCCGCGGGGCCGCCCCUCUACUUGCGGACCAAGCGCGAUCCGUUGGUGGUGAGCGUGAUCACCAUCCCUGGACAUCCGGCACCUCCGGUGUAUGCCGCGCGCCUUCCACCCGCGAUGCCAGUACGGCAGUGCCCGCCGUUUGCGACACCGCGCCGAGUCAGGCCUGGUCAACGUGAGAUGGGAGCAGCGUCGUCGCCGGCUCUCCAGACGCCGCCCAAGGAGGCAAGGCCACCGCUGGCAGCCUCCCAUGAGCCCUUGCCGAACCUGCUGCAAAGGCGGAAGCCGGACACGGAGGAGCCUCCCGACUAUGACUCCCCAAAGGCAGGGCCAGAGACCCGCGAGCUGCAGGCGAUGCAGCAAGAACACGAAGCCGGGGAAAAGGAGCAACAAACGCAGCUCCAGGACGAGGCGGGGCCGGCGAUGCGCGAGCAAGCGCUUCAGGAGCAGCAGCUCCAUUUCGAGCAGCGGCUCCAGGAGAAAGAAGAUGCUCACAAGCAAGCCUGCAAGGCCCUGCAACUCGAGCACGAGCAAGCGCUGAAGGCCGAGGAAGCACGACGAGAGCAAGCGCUUGAGGAGCAGCAGCGUCAUUAUCAGACCGUUCUGCAGGAGACCCGUGAUGCCCUCGAGCAGACCGUGAAGGAGCAGCGGCUGAACUUCGAGCAGCUGCUGCAGGACCAGGGGCUCCAAGUCCAGCGGCUGCUGCAGGAGAUUGGGGACUCCCACGAGCAAACCCGCCAGGCGAUGCGGCUCGAGUUCGAGCAAGCAUUGGAGGCCGAGAAGGCGCUGCGCGGGCGGGUGCUCCAGGACUCGCGAGAGCAGACGAUGGAGGCGAUGCGGCUCGAAUAUGAGCAAGCAUUGGAGGCCGAGAAGGCUCUGCGCGAGCGUGCGCUCCAGGAGCAGCAGCUUAACUUCGAGCAGUUGCUGAAGGAUGCGCGACAGCAGGCGAUGGAGGCCGACGUGCCACGCCAGCCAGCAGCCGCCCAGCACCUGGACAGCUCACAGGAAGCCGCUGCAGUCUCCGCAGCGCCGCGGCGGGGGAAGUUUCUUCUGCCGGCAGAGGCGGGCGCCAGCGCAGAGGAAAAGGCUGCGCACUUCAAGGAAGCCCUGGCGUGCUACCGCCAGCGCUAUGAUGGCAGGACCCCAGAUGCCUCGCAGCUCGCCACGUUCUCCGCGAACAUGGGCUUCCCCGUGACCUUCAAGCUGGCGAAGGAGCUUCUCUGGGCCCGCCGCCGCCGCUGA